ACGCCAUCAAUUGGACAGAGUACGCGGCGAAUGGCGGAGACGCUGAAGCGGGUGCUAAGCAGGGGCGGCGCGGCCUGGUCCAGGGAGGAGAACACGCCUGCCGCCGGCCCACCUUUGCUGCUGCUCGGCGCACCAGGAUCUGGAAAAACAACGCUGCUAUUUGCUGCGGCCCUAGAGGCGGCGGGGGAGGGCCAAGGCCCAGUCCUCUUCCUGACACGGAGACCUUUUCAAAGCCUACCUCGCGGGACCGGAACGGCUCUGGACCCAAUGCGACUCCAAAAGAUCCGCUUCCAGUACCCACCCUCAACCCGAGAGCUUUUCUGGCUUCUGUGCUCUGCCCAUGAGGCCCCGGGGCCAGCCCCCUCCCUUCUGCUACUAGAUGGACUAGAAGAGUACCUAGCAGAAGACCCGGAGCCCCAGAAAGCCGCCUACCUCACUGCCUUACUUCUAGACACAGCUGCCCACUUCAGCCACCGGCUUGGGCGGGACUGUGGGCUCAUGGUGGCCCUCCAGACCCAGGAGGAGGCAGAUAGUGGGGACAUCCUGCACCUGUCACUGCUCCGGCGGUAUUUUCCUGCUCAGUGCUGGUUGCAGCCAGAUGCACCAGGUCCAGGAGAGCAUGGCCUCCGAGCCUGCCUGGAGCCAGGGGGACUGGGCCCCAGAACAGAGUGGUGGGUGACUUUCCGAUCAGAUGGAGAAAUGAUGAUUGCUCCGUGGCCCACCCAGACUGGUGACCCCAGCUCAGGCAAGGGUUCAAGCUCUGCAGGCCAGCUCUAAGCUUUGGUGGGUGACCACGUUUCUAUGCUUCAGUUUCCCAUGGCCAUGUGCAGAUCCAAAGACCUAAAGAAUGUAAAAUGCUUUUUCUCUUUUAAAAAUAUAGCACUAUCUUUUACGUAUUGCACCCAAUCAA